AUGAGGCCAAGCUUCCUCUUCAUUACAUUACUUAAUUUAGUUUAUGGGAUCAACUAUUCGAUUAGAGGACAAAGCAAUCUUUUAGAUUUAGAUCCUACUAAUGAUGAUUUGUAAAUCAACGAAGGAUUUAGGGAAGCAGCAGAUCUCAUAUUUGGAACCCUUUACCAAUAUUUACCAUAUAUAGUAUUAGCUCUCACCUUCAUCUAUUUUGCAAAUAAAUUCUUUCCAACAAGACAGCCAAAAAAAAUAUUGAAAAAAUUGCCAAUCCAAAAACGAUGA